CUCGGAUCUAGGUUGAGUUAACAUGGCGAAACGCACCAAGAAGGUCGGAAUCGUGGGCAAAUAUGGGACCCGUUAUGGUGCCUCCCUCAGGAAAAUGGUGAAGAAAAUUGAAAUCAGCCAGCACGCCAAGUAUACCUGCUCUUUCUGUGGCAAAACCAAGAUGAAGAGAAGAGCUGUGGGCAUUUGGCACUGUGGUUCCUGCAUGAAAACAGUAGCUGGUGGUGCCUGGACCUACAACACCACUUCUGCUGUCACAGUAAAGUCUGCCAUCAGAAGAAUGAAGGAAUUGAAGGACCAGUAGAAGCACCACCAUUUGAUAAUGUUGCUAGCCUAUAAUAAAUGGGUUAAUUUAUGUAACAAAAUUACUUUGGCUUGUUAAUUUUAUUGGUUAGACAUUCUUAUUUGCAUUGCAUUAUUUUUGCUUUCUAAAAUAAGGACUUAAUUAAAAUCCUUUAAAUUUUU